AUGGAGCCAGAGAUGGAGCCGGAGACUCUGGAGGCGCGAAUCAACAGAGCGACAAACCCUCUGAACAAGGAGCUGAACUGGGCCAGCAUCAACGGCUUCUGCGAGCAGCUCAACGAGGACUUUGAGGGGCCUCCACUUGCUACCCGGCUGUUGGCUCAUAAGAUCCAGUCUCCACAGGAGUGGGAGGCCGUCCAGGCCCUGACGGUGAGGAGAAGGGGACCCAUGCAGAGUCCUAGACCAUGUGACUCGCCCCAGGUGCUGGAAACAUGCAUGAAGAACUGUGGCAAGAGGUUCCACGACGAGGUGGGCAAGUUCCGCUUCCUCAACGAGCUCAUCAAGGUCGUGUCGCCCAAGUAUCUGGGCUCUCGGACGUCGGAGAAGGUGAAGAACAAGAUCCUGGAGCUUCUCUACAGCUGGACAGUUGGCCUCCCCGAGGAGGCAAAGAUCGCAGAGGCCUACCAGAUGCUGAAAAAGCAGGGGAUUGUCAAGUCCGACCCCAAGCUUCCAGAUGAUGCCAUCAUCCCCCUUCCUCCUCCACGGCCCAAGAACGUGAUCUUUGAAGAUGAGGAGAAAUCCAAGAUGCUUGCCCGUCUGCUCAAGAGCUCACACCCCGAGGACCUCCGAGCGGCCAACAAGCUCAUCAAGGAGAUGGUGCAGGAGGACCAGAAGCGGAUGGAGAAGAUCUCGAAGCGGGUGAACGCCAUCGAGGAGGUGAAUAACAACGUGAAGCUGUUGACAGAGAUGGUGAUGAACCACGGCCAGGGCGGCCCAGCCUCGGGCAGCGGCGAGGACCUCAUGAAGGAGCUGUACCAGCGCUGCGAGCGGAUGCGGCCCACGCUCUUCAGACUGGCCAGUGACACGGAAGACAAUGACGAGGCCUUAGCCGAGAUCCUGCAGGCCAACGACAACCUCACACGAGUCAUCAACCUGUAUAAGCAGCUGGUGCAGGGCGAAGAGGUCAACGGUGACACCGCUGCCGGCCCCAUCCCUGGGAGCAACUCGGCCCUGUUGGAUCUCUCCGGCCUGGAUCUCCCCGCCGCUGGCACCACCGCCCCCGCUGUGCCUGCCCACCCUGACCAGCAGACCAGCCCCGAGCAGCCCAGUGCCUCGGUUUCCCUGCUGGACGACGAGCUCAUGUCUCUGGGCCUGAGCGACCCCACACCCCCUUCAUGCCCAGAUGGUGCAGGAUGGAACAGCUUCCAGUCAUCUGACGGUGCUGAGCCCCACGCCCCGACCCCCAGCACGGACAGCCAGCCCCCGACACAGCCCCCCGUGCCGGCCAGCAGAGGGCUGGACGACCUGGACCUCCUGGGCAAGAUCCUCCUGCAGCAGUCACUGCCCCCCGCGUCCCAGCAAGUGCGCUGGGAGAAGCAGCAGCCGGCCCCCCGGCUCACGCUCCGGGACCUGCAGAACAAGAGCAGCUGCAGCUCGCCCAGCUCCAGCGCUACCAGUGGCCCCCACCCUGCCUCGCACCCUGUGUCCCCCGACCCUGCCGGGCCUCCACAGCAGCCCACACCCCCUGAGCUGUCGCUCGCCAACAUCACUGUCCCCCUGGAGUCCAUCAGACCCAGCAGCAUCCUGCCCGUGACCGUGUACGACCAGCAUGGCUUCCGGGUGCUCUUCCACUUCGCCCGGGACCCGCUGCCUGGGCGCUCCGAUGUGCUGGUGGUCGUGGUGUCCAUGCUGAGCACCGCCCCCCAGCCCAUCCGCAACAUCGUCUUUCAGUCUGCUGUCCCUAAGGUCAUGAAAGUGAAGCUUCAGCCGCCCUCAGGCACGGAGCUGCCAGCCUUCAAUCCCAUCGUCCACCCGACAGCUAUCACCCAGGUCCUGCUCCUCGCCAACCCCCAGAAGGAGAAGGUCCGCCUGCGCUACAAACUCAUCUUCACCAUGGGUGACCAGACCUACAACGAGAUGGGGGACGUGGACCAGUUCCCCCCACCCGAGAGCUGGGGGAGCCUCUAG